CUGAUUCAAGAAACAACAUUGUCCUCACAAAAUCAAAUACUUUUGAGCCAUGCAACCCACUAAUGUCACAGAACUCUAUUGCCCUUCUCAAUUAAUCCCCAACUAUACUAAUUACACAGCCACAUUUCAGUCCAAUAUCAGAAUCUCUAGCCCUUUGUAUGAUCUUCAGAUUGGUCCUCCACUUCAAGAACUCAAUCCACAAACAACUAAUAAUUAUUUCAACUGCAACUAUUCAACGUGUGAUGAAACUGAUGAUCAGCAGCUACUGACUCUAAUAAAUGAAAGGAAACAGAGAAGAAUGAUAUCUAAUCGAGAGUCGGCACGAAGAUCACGCAUGCGCAAGCAGAAGCACCUCGACGAGCUAUGGGCACAGUACAGGUUAUUUGGCUCCGGAAUGAGAAUCAUCAGCUCCUCAAGAAACUUAACCAUGCCUCUGAGAGCCAUGAUCAAGCACUUCAAGAAAAUGCUCAACUCAAAGAAGAAACUUCAGCACUUCGUCAAAUGGUUACUAACAUGCAGCUCAUGAAUAGUCGUAAUUAUCCUUGCAUAGGAAAUGUUGAUGGUGAACCUUGUAGUGGUUCAUCUCCAAAAUAAAUAGCAAAUUAUGCUUGGGCCGUUUUGUUUUUCUUUUCUUAUAUUUGGUUGUUGAGAUGGUGGAAAUUAUUUGAGUUUUUCCUUUGUCUCUUUUGGUGUUGAGGUCAAGGCUAUGAUUAUUGUUUUCCCUUUAUCUUGUUUCAAUGCUGUAAUAACUUCUUGAUGUCCCUCUUUCUUUUUUGCUGCCUAUUCCCUGAGAUGUGGUUUAAAUCCUAAUAUGUUGUAGUAAAAGAUAUUUUCUCUGGUUCA